GGCUCGGGUUACAGGGCCCGGGGGGCCUCGCCGGGACAUAUACGCGGCGGCGGGGCGGUGCGGGCACUGCUCGGCCCGACGCACGGUGAGGGGCGCCGCCGCCUCGCCAUGCCCGGCCGCCGCCCGCUCCGCCUCGCCGCCCUCCUCCUCCUCCUCCUCCUCCUCGUCGGGCUCGUCGCCGCUCAGGACCGCGACCUCCCGGAGGCCGGCGGCGGCUGCGUGCAGGACGGGCAGAGCUACAGCGACAAGGACGUGUGGAAGCCGGAGCCGUGCCGGAUCUGCGUGUGCGACACGGGGACCGUGCUGUGCGACGAGAUCAUCUGCGAGGAGCUGCGGGACUGCCCCAGCCCCGAGAUCCCCUUCGGAGAGUGCUGCCCCAUCUGCCCCGCCGAGCCGCCCGCCGCCACCGCCCGACAACCUGGCCCCAAGGGACAGAAAGGUGAACCCGGCGAUAUCAAAGAUGUUGUAGGACCCCGAGGGCCUCCGGGACCGCAGGGCCCCGCAGGCGAGCAGGGACAGCGAGGGGACCGCGGCGAGAAAGGGGAGAAGGGUGCUCCCGGCCCCCGCGGCAGAGAUGGAGAACCUGGGACCCCCGGCAACCCCGGCCCCCCCGGCCCCCCCGGACCUCCCGGCCCCCCCGGCCUCGGUGGGAACUUCGCGGCUCAGAUGGCGGGCGGCUUCGACGAGAAGGCUGGCGGCGCGCAGAUGGGCGUCAUGCAGGGACCCAUGGGACCCAUGGGACCCCGCGGCCCCCCCGGCCCCACCGGCGCUCCCGGUCCCCAAGGAUUUCAAGGCAACCCCGGCGAGCCUGGCGAACCCGGCGCUGCUGGUCCGAUGGGUCCCCGGGGACCUCCGGGACCGCCUGGGAAACCCGGUGACGACGGCGAGACAGGCAAACCCGGCAAAUCCGGCGAACGUGGCCCCCCCGGCCCCCAGGGUGCUCGCGGCUUCCCCGGGACCCCCGGUCUCCCCGGAGUGAAAGGCCACCGGGGUUACCCCGGCUUGGACGGUGCCAAAGGCGAGGCAGGAGCUCCCGGAGCCAAGGGUGAAUCCGGCUCCCCCGGCGAGAACGGCUCCCCCGGCCCCAUGGGUCCCCGCGGGCUGCCAGGAGAGCGAGGACGUCCCGGCCCCUCCGGCGCUGCGGGUGCUCGCGGCAACGACGGUCUCCCCGGCCCCGCUGGACCCCCCGGACCCGUUGGCCCAGCCGGAGCCCCCGGCUUCCCCGGCGCCCCCGGCUCAAAGGGUGAAGCAGGUCCCACCGGCGCACGAGGUCCCGAGGGUGCCCAAGGUCCCCGCGGCGAAUCCGGCACCCCCGGCUCCCCCGGCCCCGCCGGCGCCCCCGGUAACCCAGGCACCGACGGCAUCCCCGGCGCCAAGGGCUCGGCGGGUGCCCCGGGCAUCGCGGGCGCUCCAGGCUUCCCCGGCCCCCGCGGCCCCCCCGGACCCCAAGGUGCCACCGGCCCGCUGGGACCCAAGGGACAGACGGGAGAACCCGGCAUCGCGGGCUUCAAAGGCGAGCAAGGACCGAAGGGCGAGACGGGCCCCGCAGGACCCCAAGGUGCCCCCGGGCCGGCUGGUGAGGAAGGCAAGAGAGGAGCCCGUGGGGAACCCGGUGCUGCCGGCCCUGUGGGCCCCCCCGGAGAGAGGGGUGCUCCUGGCAAUCGCGGCUUCCCCGGGCAAGACGGGCUGGCUGGACCCAAGGGUGCUCCGGGUGAACGCGGCCCUGCUGGCCUCGCUGGUCCCAAGGGUGCCACCGGUGACCCUGGGCGUCCCGGAGAGGCUGGGCUGCCUGGAGCAAGGGGUCUCACCGGCCGCCCAGGCGAUGCUGGACCUCAAGGCAAAGUCGGCCCGACCGGUGCUCCCGGCGAGGACGGCCGCCCCGGCCCCCCCGGCCCGCAGGGUGCUCGCGGGCAGCCCGGCGUGAUGGGUUUCCCCGGUCCCAAAGGCGCUAAUGGUGAGCCUGGAAAAGCCGGCGAGAAAGGACUGCCCGGUGCCCCGGGGCUGCGGGGUCUUCCUGGCAAGGACGGUGAGACAGGAGCUGCCGGCCCCCCGGACCUGCCGUGAGGUCCCGCUGGCGAGAGAGGAGAGCAAGGAGCCCCCGGUCCCUCCGGCUUCCAGGGGCUGCCCGGGCCACCAGGUCCCCCAGGGGAGAGCGGCAAACCCGGAGAUCAGGGCGUUCCCGGAGAAGCCGGUGCCCCCGGUCUCGUUGGUCCCAGAGGCGAACGCGGCUUCCCCGGUGAGCGUGGCUCCCCCGGCGCACAAGGGCUGCAAGGUCCCCGCGGGCUCCCCGGCACGCCGGGCACCGACGGACCCAAGGGUGCAACCGGCCCGGCCGGCCCCAACGGCGCCCAGGGUCCCCCAGGGCUGCAGGGAAUGCCCGGUGAGAGAGGAGCAGCUGGCAUCGCCGGCCCCAAGGGUGACCGGGGAGACGUCGGCGAGAAGGGUCCCGAGGGAGCUCCAGGAAAGGACGGCGCACGCGGUCUGACAGGUCCCAUCGGUCCCCCCGGCCCCGCUGGCCCCAACGGCGAGAAGGGUGAAUCCGGCCCCCCCGGUCCAUCUGGUGCUGCCGGUGCCCGCGGUGCCCCCGGCGAGCGUGGCGAGCCCGGUGCCCCCGGUCCUGCUGGAUUUGCCGGCCCCCCGGGCGCCGACGGACAACCCGGUGCCAAAGGCGAGCAAGGAGAGCCCGGGCAGAAGGGUGACGCCGGCGCUCCCGGUCCCCAAGGUCCCUCGGGCGCACCCGGCCCCCAGGGUCCCACUGGUGUAACUGGUCCCAAAGGAGCCCGCGGUGCUCAGGGUCCCCCCGGAGCCACAGGAUUCCCCGGAGCCGCCGGCCGUGUGGGACCACCCGGCCCUAAUGGUAACCCAGGCCCCCCCGGCCCUCCUGGCUCUGCUGGCAAAGACGGUCCCAAGGGUGCUCGUGGCGAUGCCGGUCCCCCGGGCCGUGCCGGCGACCCUGGGCUCCAAGGCCCUGCUGGCCCCCCUGGCGAGAAAGGCGAACCCGGAGAGGACGGCCCUGCGGGUCCCGACGGCCCCCCCGGCCCCCAAGGCUUGGCAGGACAGCGCGGCAUCGUCGGUCUUCCCGGACAGCGUGGUGAGAGAGGCUUCCCCGGGCUGCCAGGGCCAUCGGGCGAACCUGGGAAGCAAGGAGCACCCGGCUCUGCAGGCGACCGAGGCCCCCCCGGCCCCGUGGGUCCCCCCGGCCUGACAGGACCUGCUGGCGAGCCUGGGCGCGAGGGCAACCCCGGUGCUGACGGACCCCCAGGCAGAGACGGCGCAGCCGGCGUGAAGGGCGAUCGCGGCGAGACCGGCCCCGUGGGUGCCCCCGGUGCUCCCGGUGCCCCCGGCGCUCCCGGCCCCGUUGGUCCCACCGGCAAACAAGGAGACAGAGGCGAGACGGGUGCACAAGGGCCCAUGGGUCCCUCCGGUCCUGCUGGCGCUCGAGGCAUGCCGGGUCCCCAAGGGCCUCGCGGUGACAAGGGUGAGACUGGAGAGGCUGGAGAGAGAGGGCUGAAGGGCCACCGCGGCUUCACCGGACUGCAGGGUCUGCCCGGACCCCCCGGUCCUUCUGGAGACCAAGGCGCUGCUGGUCCUGCUGGUCCCUCCGGUCCCAGAGGUCCCCCCGGCCCCGUCGGCCCCUCCGGCAAAGACGGCUCCAACGGCAUGCCCGGCCCCAUCGGCCCCCCCGGCCCCCGCGGACGGAGCGGCGAACCUGGUCCUGCGGGUCCUCCUGGAAACCCAGGGCCCCCCGGCCCCCCUGGCCCCCCGGGCACCGGUAUUGACAUGUCAGCUUUCGCCGGCCUGGGUCAGACGGAGAAGGGCCCCGACCCCAUCCGCUACAUGCGGGCGGACGAGGCCGCCGGUGGCCUGCGGCAGCACGACGUCGAGGUGGACGCCACCCUCAAGUCCCUCAACAACCAGAUCGAGAGCAUCCGCAGCCCCGAGGGCUCCAAGAAGAACCCGGCCAGGACCUGCCGCGACAUCAAGCUCUGCCACCCCGACUGGAAGAGCGGAGACUACUGGAUCGACCCGAACCAGGGCUGCACCCUGGACGCCAUCAAGGUUUUCUGCAACAUGGAGACGGGCGAGACCUGCGUCUACCCGACCCCCAGCAGCAUCCCCAGGAAGAACUGGUGGACCAGCAAGACCAAAGACAAGAAGCACGUCUGGUUUGCGGAGACCAUCAACGGCGGCUUCCACUUCAGCUACGGCGAUGAGAGCCUGUCUCCCACCACCGCCAGCAUCCAGCUGACCUUCCUCCGCCUGCUGUCCACCGAGGGCUCCCAGAACGUCACCUACCACUGCAAGAACAGCAUCGCCUACAUGGACGAGGAGACGGGCAACCUGAAGAAAGCCCUCCUCAUCCAGGGCUCCAACGACGUGGAGAUCAGAGCCGAGGGCAACAGCAGGUUCACCUACAGCGUCCUGGAGGAUGGCUGCACGAAACACACUGGCAAAUGGGGCAAGACAGUCAUCGAGUACCGGUCGCAGAAGACCUCGCGCCUGCCCAUUGUAGAUAUUGCACCUAUGGACAUUGGUGGCGCCGAGCAGGAGUUUGGCGUGGAUAUUGGCCCCGUCUGCUUCUUGUAAAAAGGAUUGUUUUAUUUGUGUGUUUGUUCGUUGGUUGUUUUGGUUUGUUUUUUUUUUGUUGUUUUUU